GUUGUGACUGGUGAUACCGGAAGUUGCUAGGCGGGGCGAAGAGUGAGAGUUGCUUCUGUGGAGAGCUUUGGGCGCCUUUCUGUAAUCGGGAAGGCGGGACGACGAGCGCGAGAAUUGCUUCUGUGGGGGCCGCCGCUCCUCUGGGGGGACAGCCCCCCUCCUCGCCAUGUUGCUGCCCUCCGACGUGGCUCGCCUGGUGCUAGGAUAUUUACAGCAAGAGAAACUUUUAACCACAUGCCGAACGUUUAUAGUGGAAAGCUCAGAUUUAAAAGAAUAUGCAGAGCACUGUACAGGGGAAGGCUUUGUUCCAGCAUGUUUAUUGUCUCUGUUUGGAAAAAACUUGACCACCAUCCUUAAUGAGUACAUAGUAAUGAAAACAAAAGAAACUACACAUGAUGUUCCUGCAAUGAUGUCAUCCCUGUGGAAGAAGUUGGACUAUACAUUGACUCAGAUCAGGAGCAUGCAGAAUUCUAGUGCAUUUUCUGUUCACCAAAGGGGCCGCACAAGAAGUGCAAUUGCAGAUUUGAAGAAGCAGAAGUGUCUCCAGCCACCAACCUCUUCCACUUUGGGAACAUCGUGUGUGUCACUUCUGCCUGGGCAGCUGAACUCUGUUCCAAUGACAGCCACACAAGUUAUUCUUAAGCCAGUUGCAACACCAAGCCAUGAUCUGAUAAGAUUAAGCUCUGCACCUGUGCAGCUGCCCCAAGCACAGGGAAGCAACAAUAACACAGGAGAUCCUCUCAGUUUAGUUUCUGCCUCAGUUCAAGAACGAAAGCUUCACUCAAGUGUGAUGUCUCCAGGAAUACGAAAAAGUGAUUCCCAAAAGAAAAAAGCCAUGUCCUCUGGAACGCAAUCAUCUAACAGUAGCUCAGAAGAUUCUCCCACAGCGGAAGAAGAUAGUUCACCCAUGGAAGAGGAAAGUGAGCCACUUGAAGAACUUAUAGAUGGCAAUUUUCCUCAAAUGGUUAUUGAAAAUGCCAGGGAGAAAAUUCUGAGCAACAAGUGCCUUCAGGAGAAACUAGCUGAAAAUAUUAACAAAUUUUUGGGCAGCGAUGGCACAGUUUCUCAGACUCCAAAGCAACCAGACAGUGGCCCUACAAUACAAGAGUCUUCAAUUGAUGAGUUCCUUGGUCUCCAACAGGGUGAGAUUCACAUGACCGAGGAAGCCAUCCAGGAAAUUCUGGAGCAAACAGAAUCAGAUCCAGCAUUUCAAGGACUCUUUGAUAUGUUUGAUUUCGGUAAAACCAAGGGUAGCAAAAAUGCCUCUCAUGGCAUUCUUGCUCAGAGCGGAGGGGAAGAGAAUGCUAUGUUGGUGGAUGAAGAAAACCUGAAAGCACUUGAAAGCUAUAUUGGAACAAAAGAAAUGAGUGAUGGUUCCCAAGACAGAUUGUCCUACACAGGAGAUAAUUCCAAAGAGGCGGCUUGUAUCUUGAAGUCUGGUGGCAGUGAUGUAAUCUUGGAAGAACACCUGAAGAUGCAAAGUAUAAUUGAUGGAGAAUUUCCAGGAGUCUCUGAAGUGAGGACUGAACCCAAUUUAGAUGAAGCAAGAUUGGCUAGCCAACAUCUCCAGCAUAAAACUAUCUUUGAAUCUGAGCCAGACCAGGUUUCUGCUCCUGAGUUCAUUGUAAACAAUGCAAGUUCUUAUCAAAAGCAAGAAACGACAGCAAGUAGAAUAGAUACUGAAACUGAAACGGGCCUGUUGUGUCAGGAUGCCCCAAACUUACCUGAACUGCAGUAUGAUCAGUUGGAUACUCAACAGAAGUCCCUUUCAGAAACAACGGAGUGUUGCUCAUUGCCUGAUAAUAUAUUAUCUGAAAAGACAAAUGCAAAAUUGCUCUCUCCUCUGUGUUCUGGUCACAGUGAGAUGCUAGAAGGAACAAAUGUAGCUGACUCUGACCAUUUUGAAGAUUCAAAUAAAAGUGCAGAGCAGGUAGCACAAGGAUCUGUGUUCUUUCCUGCUCCCAGCCAGCAAAGUCCUCACAGUCCUACCCUCUCUAACUUUCAAGAUCAAAAUAAAUUGACAGAUUCUGUUACAGCACCUGUAGUCAGUGCACCGGAUCUAACAGAGCUCCAGCUUGAAGUGGUAGAUACUUCCAACAGUUUACAUUCCGAGGAUCAGCUUGUGCUUGAAGAAUCUUGCUCAAAACACCAAAACCAGAAACCAGCAGAUUCUGAGGUGAUACUGGUAGAAAUGCAGGAGCCGUCCUCUUCUACAAAACAAGAUGCCGAUAGCUUAUUUGUUUCUUCUGACAAUGAGAGGCAUACAGAAACACCUGUGGAAAGCAAUCCUACCACAUCCACUGCUUGCUGUUCGCCUCUACCAGAACCAGCAGGAGAAUCAGGGACCAAAACGGCAGGCAGUGUUUCAUCUAGCAGUCAUGCUGCCGAUGAAGAUCCCUCCAGCAUUGUCUCCCUAAAAAUCAUCAUCAGCGAGGACCCCUUCAUUGCAUCAGAGACUGAACUGAACAAUGCCAUUUCCAGCAUCACUGGAGAGAAUUUGCCAACUAUCAUAUUGUCUUCUCCAGCGAAGUCACCAGCCAGGGUGACGGGACCAGCCAGGUGCAUCGUAACUCCAGAAGAGGCUGAAAGAACUGGGGAUUCAGCUUUGGUAGAGCAGAAUCUUCUCAUCGUCAGACCUCAAGAUUCUGUUGUGAGCACACUCAAUGUGCAGAAUGAAGAGUGUGCUCUCUUUUCCGUUGCUGGAGCAUCCAAUGUUGCCAAGGAUGGGGGAUUUAUACAGCUCAUGCCAGGUGCAAACACAUCUUUCGGUAGCGCCAACAGUGUCUAUAUCGCCACCUGUGUGACUGAGCCAGCAGCUUUGAGUACAGGUGUUACUCCAUCAAAUUUAGUCGUCUUGCCAGGCCAUUCCGCAUCCCUCACACCGCAGAUCCCGGCAGCACAGCCGUUACGGACACCUCCCAGAACAAACAACUUGUUUGCCAUGAACCCGCCGAUGUCUCCAAACUUUUCUCAGGGUUCUGCCAUUAUAAUUGCAUCUCCAGUGCAGCCUGUGUUGCAAGGAAUGGUGGGGAUGAUUCCUGUAUCUAUAAUGGGACAAAGUGGAAAUGCCUUCUCAGAUCCUUCUCGUCAGGUCCUGCACAUGCCUGUACCAACUUCUCUAGGCAGUGGAGGAGUUCCAAAAUUACCUCUUCCUCCCAAAUCUCAGAAGUUCCCAAGAAGCAAGUCAGCUGCUGGAAAGCUAAAAAUGGAUCAGAGUGGAUCGAAUACUGUCAGUCGUCCUGGUUCUCGUGUGCAAAGAGCUGGAAACUCAGAGAAGAAUGCCUGUGCCAACCUGAGGAAGAAGCUAGAGCCUGUUGCUGUUGACACCACGAGCUCCAACCCCAAGCAAAAUGAGAGCCACAGAAGAGUGCUUUGCUUUGACACCACUCUGGCUGAAACAGGAGGAAACCCUCCAGUUGCGCAGAAAGAAAGGACUGAAAACUCUUUACUCUCUGGGAAUUCUCUCAGUGGAGUGCCUUCACCUGCUAAAACUCAGCCCAGCAAAAGAGAGCGAGAGAGGACGUUGCCUAGAAUUUUAUGUAAGCCAGACAUUACUAACAGAAGCACAGCUACGAAAGAAGCCCAAUCUGAGAGGAAAUCUUCAGGGCCAGGACUGGCAUCAGAUGUGUUAAGAAAGCAAACCGCAAAUAAAGAGAAUGAGCUAGAAAGGGGUGUUGAGAAAAAAAGCCCUAAUCACGAAGUGGCUUCCCUGUCAAAUGGCCAACAGAGUAUUAAUCUUCAUAUUGAGAAGAACGGCUCACCAACACAAGAACUGGCUAAAAAACAGGGGCUCCAGGUAAAUGCCAAUAGCAAAAAUUCUGGAGUUUUGACUUCAAAGGACCCUAAGAAGGACCAGACAAAAUCUCCGAGCCAAGCCCACUGCUUGACCAGUCCGUUAGCCAAACAAGCUGUGGAGCUGCUGCAUGACAUUCAGAGGCAUAGUCCUGCUACUAAACUGCCUGAAAACGGGGAUUUGCCGGUACCUCGUACCCCUUCUGGAACUGGGGACAGACACUCAGAGGACACCUUUGAUAUAAUAAGGACACCGACAUGUAAACGGUACAGUGAGGAUAGUACAACGCCCAGGAUCAUGGUCCCUCCAGCUACCCCCGACUUGCCGGCCUGUAGCCCGGCGAGUGAAACAGGCAGUGAAAACAGUGUUAGCAUGGCUGCCCACACUUUAAUGAUACUUUCACGGGCAGCUAUUGCAAGGACAAGUACAAAUACACCUCUCAAAGACAAUACCCAACAGUUUAGGUCUUUAAGAAGCACAGCAAAAAAAAGGAAACAGGAAGAUGUGGUAGAGUGUGAGAAAAAUUCACGGACUGCCGGCAAAAAGGACCUUUCAAACUUCACAGUGCCAAUAAAAAAGAAGAAAGUAAAGCAGAAGAAGCUACCGAUUUCCUUUCCUGCCGGAAUGGAUGUGGAUAAGUUCUUGUUAUCAUUACAUUAUGACGAAUAAAGAACUGCCUUCACGUCAAUCAUGUUGCUCCCUAAUGAAAGGAGAACAACUUGUAUGCUGCACACUUGGAAGACUGCAGUUUUCACUUUAUAAAUCACACUGGUUCUGGAGGACAUUGAUAUAUUUAUCAUUAGAAUUUCCAGUUGGUGAAUGGACUUUGGAGAUAGCACUUAAUACAGAGCCCAUCUUCUAAGUUUGCACAGGUGUACUUGGCUACUGUAAAUAUUGUACAGAUGUUGAUGUUUUAAAACAAAAUAUUUUAUUAACAGUAGGCACAGCUGUUCAUACUGGCUCCACAAAUGUUGGUGCCACUGAAAGCAAUGGAAUUUGCUCCCAAGACAUACUUGAGGUCACAAAAUCUGUAACUGAGGUUUGGGGGGAAAGGUAGUGGUUGUCUAAAGUUUUCAGUGUAUAACUAAACUACAAAAAAAUUCAACUACUUUUGUAUGGGGAAUCUAUUUUUCCUGUUCAACAUAUCUUUCCCACUAGUUACAAAAGUUACAAUAAAAGCUUUUCAACUUUCUGGUAA